AUGGACUUUCUAUUAGAGCAUUUUGAGGCCGCAAAGAUACAAUAUCAAGAGGAUAGAUACAUGGCCCCAUGUUGCAACUCUGGUUGGGCUAAACUAGACAAGUACUAUGCUCUAACAGGUAGAACCCCGGUCUAUAUAGCAGCAAUGGUACUGUGCCCGGCAUUUAAAUGGGAGUACUUCGAAUCUACUUGGGAGGAUGUGUGGAUCACUAGAGGAAAGGUUAAGAUGCAGGAAUUCUGGGAAGAAAAAUACAAGUCCAAAGCUAUUGUUCUUCCUCCACGAGCAAACAGGUGCAGCAUCAGCAGCGGGAAAAUCAGUAUCAGGCUUGGAGAAGGAAGAAAGCCGGUGUACAGACAGAGGUAG